UCAGCGCGAGCGCGUUAGUUCUGCCAGCUGUCCCACAUCUCAAGUCGCCGACCGCACCAGGGGGCUUUCGAAUUAGUCGAUAGGUUGUCAAUAUAGGCCUCCAGGAAGCAUACGGAAUAAAACUACCCUUUACAUUUUCCAUCGGAGAGGAAAAGUUUUGUCCCCGCGGAGAUAGUGACAUUGGCACUGCCAGUCCCAAGACGAGAAUGGGCGACGCGAAUGAAAACCAGACUGAGCCAGAGCCCAUGCCGAUGGAGGAACCAGACUCUCGAGACUCUGAGAAAAUUGACUUGUCACUAGAUGAAAUCAUCAAAAGGAACAAGAAAGAACAGCGAGAAAAUAAUAAGGCUACAAGGGCCAAAAAUAAACGGCUGGCAAACAGAAACAAUGUUCUUACGAAAUUAAACAAAGUUGGUCAGCAAUCAGGUGCCUAUCAAUUCCAAGGACCCUACAGGUCUGGGUUCACAGGGACAACUUUCCGAGGCUUCUACAGGAGGAGAGGAUUUGGUUUUAGCAGAGGAGCCUUUCGUGGGACAGGAAUAAGCCCACUGAACAGAACUGCUCUGAAUGACAAGGCUGCUGGACAGUUUGAUCAGACAAAAUCUGCAUUCAGGGGUGCUUUUUCUCGACCAUAUCGUGGACGAGGACAAGCUUUAGGAAGGGGAAGGAAUACGGCACAGUUCCAGGCAAACACCAAUGGGAGGGGAGGCAGGCCCUUUGUCUUGAAUAGAGCAUUCCCCACUGCCAGAGGAAGAGGAAAACUGGAGCGAUUUCAGAAAGUCAGAGGCUGGAAUAGAGCGCCCUCUGGUGGCUCCCUGUUGACUGUGUCACUACCCAACUCAAAAGCUGCCAGCGAACCCAGAGUGCGAUCAAACGCAGAGGGGUCAUCAGAGACUGGCGGUCCUUACCCCCAGCCCAAAGGCAUUCCUCUCCACUUCAACUUCAAGGCAAUGUCCAAUCAGACGGCUGUGACUCUGAACGACCGAUUCACCACCCUGAAUAUCUGGAGUCGAGGCCAAAGGCCAUGGAGAGGUGACGCCAGAGGAAGGGGUCGUGGACGAGGAGGAAGAGGAGAAAGAGGACAAAGAGGAAGAGGAGGGGCAGUCAGUAGAGGAGGGGGAAUUGGAAGAGGAAGGGGGGUUGGAGGAUAG